GACAGAACUCCAGUUCCGAACGGCGCCACGUAGGCUCUGCUGGGUGGGGCCCGGCUCCCGAGGGGCCGGCGGGGUCCGCAGGACCCAGGACUCGUUACAGCGGUUCUACCCUUCACAACGCAGACAUGGCAGCCGAGAAGGACCAGCAGAAGGAUGCCGAGGCGGAAGGGCUGAGCGCUACGACUCUGCUGCCGAGUCCGGGUCCCCCUGGUUGGGCCAGACCCGACUGCCUGACCAAUGCCUCCCCGCCCUCCUGCAGGGUUACGUCUCCCAUGCUGCUGGUGGCCCUGGCCGUCUUCUUUGGUGCCUGUUACAUCCUCUAUCUGCGCACAUUGCAGUCCAAGCUCGUACUCUUUGGCCGAGAGGUGAGCCCAGCCCAUCAGUAUGCUAUGGCUGGAGCCGUCUCCUUUCCCUUCUUCUGGCUGGCUGGCGCAGGCUCAGCCGUCUUCUGGGUUCUGGGAGCCACCCUUGUGGUCAUUGGCUCCCACGCCGCCUUCCACCAGAUCGAGGCCGUGGAUGGGGAAGAGCUGCAGAUGGAGCCAGUGUGAGGGGUCUGCCAGCCUCCAGAGCCAGCUGCCCAUCCCUGUCCCUGCCCGCACAGCUCUGCUACUUCAGCCAACAGCUGCCUUCCCAUCAUAAGCCCAGGGAACCAGCUUUGGAAAUAAAGCUGUUGUAGUUGUCAUUCAGCACAUAC